UAAACAAUUUUCAGAUCAAGAUAAUAGAGCCCGCCCAACACAUCCUUUAAACUCAAAUUUCAAAAUCCCAAGCUUCCUCACACUUCCAGUACUGUCUGGUCCUUUUAUACAACCUCGGCCCCAGGCUCUCACACCCUAAACCUUCGAAUUACUUCGCAAAAUCCUCUCCUAGCAUAACCCUCCCCCGCACCCCGCGGGCACAAACCCUAGAAAUCUCUUCGGAGCUGUCGAUUCCAUGGCCAACUCUGAUUCCUCCCCUUCUCUUCCUCAAGCCAAUCCACUCUCUUCCAAGAAGGAGAACAUAACUCCAAUUGGCUCAAAGAUCUCGGAAUUAAACGAAUCAAGGGCCGAGCUGCUUAAUAGAAUUCAAGGGUUGAAACAGGAUUUGCAAAGUUGGAGAUCAAAGUUAGACACUCAAGUUAAGGUCUAUCGUGAUGAGCUUUCAGAACUUAAGAAAUCACUCAAUGUUGAAGUUGAGCAACUUCGAUCAGAGUUUCAAGAUCUGAGAACCACUCUCCAGCAGCAACAAGACGAUGUUACUUCUAGCCUAAAAAAUUUGGGGCUGCAAGAUGUCACAACUAAUUCAAAAGAUGCCCAGGCUCAAGACGUUGAGGGAAAUGACAAAGACCCAAGAACCACUCUCCAGCAGCAACAAGAUGAUGUUGCUUCUAGCCUAAAAAAUUUGGGGCUGCAGGAUGUCACAACUAAUUCAGAAGAUGCCCAGGCUCAAGACUGUAAGGUUGAGGGAAAUGACAAGGAUGGACAUAUUUUGCCUGGGGAUAAGAACGAUAAAGAAAGUGAAAACCUGAUGGAUUAACUGUGGCGUACUUAUGACUCAUUGGUUGUGCCUCAAAAGGAGAUGAGCAGUAUUCCUUGAAUUUGUACCACUGGUGCCUUACCUUUAAUUUAUAAUCAAUUACAACCUGUUUGUUGAGCACAACAGAGAACUCAUAUCUAAGUUAACUGUGGAAUUUUGGCUGAUUUUGGAAUUUGAAUUACCUUUCUAUUUCAA